AUGGCUGAUGUUCCUGAGAGUUCGUUGAACCCGCAUCCACCUGAACAUAUCCCUAUUUCCACUCCGCCACCGCCGCCUCCACCACCACCACGUCGUCCUAUGUAUGUGCUGCGCCCGCUUCCAAUGCCUCAAUAUCUGCCGGUGAUGCUUCAAAGGCCUCAAUUUCUGCCGGUGAUGCUUCCAAGAUAUCAAUUUCUGCCGGUGAUGCAGCUUCCACCGUGUCCAUAUCCGGCGGCGUUUCCACCGCUUCUUGCUCUUCCUACCGUCGUUUCACCGCCGCAGGAGAAUGUGCGACGACGUCGGAGUAUUCCUCCUAGACUACGAUGGGUGGAGAAAUGGAUACCUAAUAACGAAACUACUGUCAUGAUCAAGAAUAUCCCAUUUCACUACGACCGUGGAUUGAUGAUACGAUUUCUAGACGAUUUCUGCUUACAGGAGAAUGAAAAAGCGAGAUAUUCAAAUGGAGAAAAUAUCCAUGUCUUCGCUUAUGAUUACUUGUAUUUGCCUUUGGAUACCAUGUGA